AGCUCACUGGGAGGAUCUCGUCGCGGUUAAGGAGAGGAGAGUGUGCGGACGAGGAGGUGGGAGAGAAAUCAGUCUCGGUCGUGAUAAAAGUCAGGAGAGGGGGGGGGAUCGCGGCUAAUUCACCUCGGGUCUUGUGACUUAAAAAAAAAAGAUUGGGUGUUAUUUGUCAGGACGGCAUGGAGGAGACGGGCGGCGCGACUGCUUACGGGGCUUCUCUGGCAGGAGGUGGCUUUGACUUCCAGAAAUUUGUCCGACAACCACAAACAAUCGUGCGGUUCCUAAGUUGGAUCUUUGCCGUGGUGGUGUUUGCCAGCAUCACCACAGAGGGAUAUGUGAACCCCAUCCACAGUGCCCAGCCAAAGUGCAUCUUCAACCAGAAUGACUCGGCGUGCCACUACGCCGUGGGCAUCGGAGUGAUAGCCUUCCUGGCCUGUGUGGUAUUCAUGCUGUUGGAUGCAUACAUGCCUCUCAUGAGUAAUGCACAAGAAAGAAAAUAUGCCGUGAUGGCUGACCUGGGAUUCUCAGGGGUGUGGACCUUCCUGUGGUUUGUGUGUUUCUGCCUGUUGGCAAGUCAGUGGGGUCGUACACACGAUGUCAGCGGAAUCCCCGAGGAUGCGGCACGAGCCACUGUGGCCUUCUCAUUCUUCUCUAUCGCCACCUGGGGUAUCCUGACCUACUUUGCAUUGGGUCGUUACCGCAGUGGUGUGGACGACGUUGCCUUGCCAACCUACAAUGAGCCGCCGCUGGAUCACCACACUCCCUACCCCCCGACCUAUGCCCCAGCAUCCUACACCCCCACAACUUAUACCCCCACUACUUAUACUCCCACCCCUUACUCUGCCUAUCCUCCCACCGGGCCGGAUGUAUACCAGCAACCUAAUUUCAACCCCAACCAGCUGCCGAAAGGAGAUGGAAACUAUCAGCCCCCUCCCAUUUAAACCAAGGGACAAGCCAUGGAGUGUGCUGUUUUCCCAGUCACCUUCAUUAUAACCUUUGCAGCUGCACUACACAGGCCUCCAUAGCUUGCUAGAACUCAUUGACGUGGCUAUGCAGAUGACUACACUUUUUUUGUGAGAUCUGAGCUGUAGUUCUACAACCACUAGGUCGGGAGCACUGCAGUUUAGGUAGAGGUUACGCAGCUUGUUGUCUUAGGUCAGAUUUUUAAACGUUAGGAUAAUCGACGAUACCUGCUGAUUGUCAGAUACUCUGACCAGAGAGCUGUGUACAAAGAUGCAACCUUUACUUAAAAUAGGCUACUAAUCUUGAAGGGAUCAGGAAAAUGGCACAUCUGUUACAGUAACUUGGUAAAUAAGAGGUCACGUAAUGUGAAAAAUCUGUCAAUAAGGACUUCUGUAGAAGAGGUUAGUGCUUGUUUUCCUUUGUAUACUUUUUUUGUUUCAGAACUUGAAACCUAAUGCUUCUGUUCCUGAAUGUCCAUCUGUACAUAAAUAAUGCAAAACGGCCAUUUUAAAUGGUUGUAUGUUUUAUUUUGCUCUUUAAUUAUGUUCGGUCUGUUUUUAAUUAUUUUUGGCUUUUUUUUUUUUGAGUGCAUAGUUUAGAAUAAUGAUUGAUAAGUAUUUAUUUUGGACUACUGAAUACAAUAGGAAACGCUGUAUCUGAAGCAAAAGAAAACCAGUUUUUUGACCCAAGCAGUAAUUUGUAGAGAUGUGGGAGGUGGUGUGUUUCUUCCGGUCCUUGUAUAUGGCCAUCUGAUAACCAUAAGGUCACCCUCAGAGGAAAGUUUAGCUUGAAAGUGAAACACUUGAAGGUUGCCGUGUUUUGCUUUAAAACAUUUUUUUUUAACCAAGGUUUACAGUAAUGUAUGAAAAAAACUAUGCCUCGCCAUUUGGAUUGAGAACAAUCAGAUCUAGAUGUAUAAUUGUAAAGCGCUUUGAGUGGUUGUUGCAGCUAGAAAAGGGCUAUAUAAAAUGCAACUUGAUUGAUUAUAAGUAUUGAAGAAUCAGUGUUGGCUUAAAUUUGGAAUAGGCUUUGAUUUGACAUUAAGACUCAAAGGAGGCUAGACACAAGUUUAUUUACUGAAUGGGCUUUUCCAUCUGGUCUGUCCACAUACUAAAUAGUCAUUUAUUAACCACUGGUGGGAAUGUUGCCUUCAGCCAUUAUGACACUGAGGGGCUCUGGUCUUCCUUAAGGGUCUUAGUGGAAGUUGUGUUUCUGGAAAGCUGGUAGUUUAACCAUGUUUACAGGCUUCAUGUCUAAAUUUAAUCCAAUGCCACAAAGGUAAACGCCAAUAUGUACAGUUGUCUUUACAGAUGGCACAUUAAUACCUCAUCCUACUGAGUGAGAUGAGAAUUGCAUGCUUCUCAACACUACCAACAGUUUUAUUUGAUGGUGCCCUGCAGUAAUUUGUCAUCCUGAUACUUGAGAUGCCUUGACUGAAGGUUCUAACUGCUGUGGGCCCAGUUGCACGCAAUGACUAAUCUGAUGUCACUCUUCAGUAAGUGACCUGAUUCAGAGCACUGUAGCAGAGUGUAAACUGAUCUGUGAGCAAAACAGAUCAGAGUAAAAAUUAAGUUCUAUUUAUUGAGCAUGACAAUGUGUUCCCAUUCUAUUUUUCAGUAUUUGCAAUUUUGGGAAAGCUGCAAUCAAAAAUGCUCAUGGAUUGGUCAUUUAAAAAAAAGAAAAAAAGAAUUUGUGCCACUUUCGAGAUAAGAAACUGGGAGAUUCCUAAUGAGGGUUGUGACAAAUAGAACACGUUACAAAUUGUCAACUAUAACCAAUAUGUAGGUUAUACUUGUUUGCCAUUUCUUCAGUAUUGCCUUCAGUCCAGCUUUACCACUAGCAAUGCCACUUUUGAAAUUACCUCUAGUUUCUCUCCCAACAAAACCAGUAGUUUGCUAUCACAUAGUUAACUCUUAACUAAAAUUGCUCAGUAAGUGAAAUUACAAGGAACUUGGUGCAAUGUUUUUUUUAGCAGUCCAUGGAAAGCUGUUAUUCUAUACCAUUGUAAAGGAAACUAUUAUCUAAAGUUAGAAAUGCAGAUGUUGAUUUACAUAAGUACCACUAUAUAAGAUUUAACUUUGUGUGACCUGAACAAUACGUUUUUAUCGUUAUUUUUGUAUCAUGAAUCUGUCUUAAAUCAACAUUUUAGGAUUUAAUGCAAUAAAUGAGGUAAUUUAUUAGUUGGAUAUAGUUUUAUUGAAAAAAAAAAGCACCGGAGGCAGAUCCAAAGUUAUGACAUAAAGUAUUGAAUAGUGUCUUUAAAAAUUCAUCCAUGUGUAAUAAUAAAUAUAGCAACCACUGGAGUUCCA